CUUCCGAUUGGUCAGCGGCACACGCCUCCUACGUGCACGCGUCGGCUACGUACGUCACGUGAUGGAACUACGCCAAUGAAACGUCAGGAAGAGCGAACUGCCAAUCACACUCGCACCCAUGCCGGAGGAGGAUGAAGCAAAUAACAUUCACGGACCUCCGCCACCACUGCCGCCUCCGCCACCGCCACCAGUGCUCUGCCCUCCUCCUCAAUUUCAGGUGAAAAGCAAGUUCUAUAAGAAGGUAGCAGAGAACAGUGACCCCUCUGUCGGAGGAUACGAAGAGUUAAAAAGGGUGAUCAGGAAUCAGCAGGAACGAUUCGGCGGACAUUUAAAAUGGCUCCUGUAUAACCAGCACAUCCCAUCCCUCAUACAGGAGGGGCCCCAGUGCGGUCUUGUUGCCUUGUGGAUGGCAGGGGGCAUACUGAGCAAUGACCAUGAGGUGACACUUGACUACAUUGUACAAGUGGCAACUUCAAGGGGAUACACCAUCCAUGGGGAAAUGUUCUCAGCGGAUAACAUGUCCUGCCUCGCAGAGAAUGUUUUUGGCUGUCACUGUGAAAUCCUGACAGGAGGAAUGGAAGGCGGGAACAGAGAGAGAAUCUUGGCUCACCUGAUAGCCGGGCUCCCUGUUCUCAUCCCAUAUGAUGAAGACUUCAAUCAUGAGCCGUGCCAGAGAGAUGGACACCGGGCACACUGGGCAGUGAUUUCAGGGAUUCUUCUUAGCAUGCAGAAUGGCUCUUUUGAUCCUGACCCUGAAACACCUAGGCUAUUCCACCCACCACCUAGGCCAUGUGCCCUCAACACGGAUGACAUAGAACAAAUCUACCUCGUCGCCAAGCAGGGCAAGAGUCUCAGAUACCAGCUGUGGGAAUACGAGUCUCUGAGCCACAGUAAUAGCCAGCUACUUCACCUAGACCCCAAGAGAACCUGCGACGGUAAUGUCUAUGUGGUGCCUGAAGGGGGCGUAAAAGCUGGGCUCUGUGGCAAAAUUCUGCUCCUGAAACACUUGGCACAUUGAAAGCACAAAGACACUGAACGCUCAAGUGAUAAGUUAUUAUGUUUAAAAAGCCCAUAACGUAUUGAGUGUAUAAUUAUGCAACGAGAGAUGUCAAAUGUCAGUAAAGUCUAAAACUCUAAGGCCCCUUUCACACGGGCGAGAUUUCUGCACGGGAACGCAUUGCACCCGCACUGAAUCCGGACCUAUUCAUUUCUAUGGGGCUGUGCACAUAAGCG